AUGGAGGGAACGGGGUGUCCUACUCCUGGUUGUAACGGAAGUGGACACGCGAACGGAAGUUUUCUGACACAUCGUAGCGCUUCUGGUUGUCCCAAAGCCUCCCCAGCAAGGAAGAAGUCCCGAAUGUCUGUUGACAAUAUCUCCCCACAAGGGGUAAAGAAUCAUCCAAAAAAUCAAAAUGGCUCGAAUACCCGGAUUUUAGAUGGAGAAAUGCUAGACAGGCGAGGGUACAACGUUCAAGCUCGGAACGAGAUGACCAACCUAACAACUGGGAUGAAACAACAGAUCCGAGCGACAGAAAGUGGGAACGAAGAGCUCUUUCAAGACAAAAGUAAUUUGUGUGGAUACUAUGAAUCUCUCCAAAAUAACUUUAUCUCUCUUCUGGACCAUGUUCGUCUACAGAAUGCUAGCGAGAAGCCCACGCAUGACAACUUUGAUAAAUACUGGUUAAGACUACAAUCACUGUGCAGCGACACCUACCGGGAAGACAACAAAGCCAUAUUUACGUCAGUGAAGCAAACCCUUCAAAACUUUACAAUGCCUCUGCAGAACCACCCAGCUGAGUGGAUAAGAACCUAAACGUUUUAGCAAUAUUUACAUCAUCGAAACACAUCAUCCGUGACGUCAUUUCACGAGAAGCAAACUGUGCUGGCCAUUGGAGAUCAGGCAUUUCUCACCGUUAACAGCAGCAAUCUUCAAAUCUUGUUCGUUUUUGUACUCAACAAGAAAUGGAGAGAAACUCUUUCUUUCUAACGGAAUAAAUUAUUUUACGAGUUGAAGUUAUUAAAAGAAA